AUGAAGUUCUUCCAAGGCCUUCUCUUCGCCGCCUUGUGCGUCACCGUCAGCUCGAAAGCCAGUAAGUCGAGGCGCUGCAUUUGCAUAACAUUUUCCCCCGUUUUCUUUUUCAGUCUACAAACGUGACAACAGUUACGGAGAUGAGCCAGUGACCCCAGCCCCAGCCGCCCCCGUCGCCGAAUCUGCCCCCGCCGCCGAAGCCGCCCCAGCUCCAGCUGCCGAGGCCGCCCCAGCCGCCGAAGCCGCCCCAGCCCCAGCUGCUGGAGGUGACUAUCAAGCCGCUGCCGCUCCAGCCCCAGAAGCCGCUCCAGCCGAGGCUGCCCCAGCCCCAGUUGAGCAACCCGCCCCAGCUGCCGCUCCAGUCGCUGCCUCUGGAUACAGAAAGAAGAGAGACAACAGCUACGGCGACGAGCCAGUGACUCCAGCCCCAGCUGCACCUGCCGCUGAAGCCGCUCCAGCCGCCGAAGCUGCCCCAGCCCCUGCCGCCGAGGCCGCCCCAGCUGCCGAGGCUGCCCCUGCCCCAGCUGCUGAAGCCGCUCCAGCCCCAGCUGGAGGAGACUACCAGGCCCCAGCCGCCGCUCCAGCCCCUGAAGCCGCCCCAGCCGAGGCUGCCCCAGCUGCUGUUGAACAACCAGCCCCAGCCGCUGCCCCAGUCGCCGCUUCCGGAUACAGAAAGAAGAGAGACAACAGCUACGGUGACGAGCCAGUGACCCCAGCUCCAGCUGCCCCAGCCGCCGAGGCUGCCCCAGCUGCUGAAGCCGCCCCAGCCCCCGCCGCCGAGGCCGCCCCAGCCCCAGAGGCCGCUCCAGCCCCAGCCGCCGAAGCCGCCCCAGCCCCAGCUGCCGGAGGAGACUACCAAGCCGCUGCUGCCCCAGCCCCAGAAGCCGCCCCAGCCGAGGCUGCCCCAGCCGCUGUUGAACAACCAGCCCCAGCCGCCGCUCCAGUUGCCGCUUCCGGAUACAGAAAGAAGAGAGACAACAGCUACGGUGACGAGCCAGUGACCCCAGCUCCAGCUGCCCCAGCUGCCGAAACCGCUCCAGCCGCCGAGGCCGCCCCAGCCCCAGCUGCCGAGGCUGCUCCUGCCGCUGAAGCUGCCCCAGCCCCAGCCGCCGGUGGAGACUACCAGGCCCCAGCCGCUGCUCCAGCCCCAGAAGCCGCCCCAGCCGAGGCUGCCCCAGCCCCAGUUGAGCAACCCGCCCCAGCUGCCGCUCCAGUCGCUGCCUCUGGCUACAGAAAAAAGAGAGAGAACAGCUACGGUGACGAGCCAGUGACCCCAGCCCCAGCUGCCCCAGCUGCCCCAGCCGCUGAAGCCGCUCCAGCCGCCGAGGCUGCCCCAGCCCCAGCCGCCGAAGCCGCCCCAGCUGCGGAAGCCGUUCCCGCCCCAGCCGGAGGAGACUACCAGGCUCCAGCCGCCGCUCCAGCCCCCGAAGCCGCUCCAGCUGAGGCCGCCCCAGCCCCAGUUGAACAACCCGCCCCAGCUGCCGCUCCAGUCGCCGCCUCUGGAUACUAA